AUGAUCACUCGAUCCAUCCAUCCCAUCAACCCAACGCGCGCACUGGCUGGUACCGGCCAUCAGCGCCAGAACUCUAGUUUAAACAUCGGGAUCGCAUUAUAUCACAUCCCCGACCCUGCGUGCUCGCCUCCCACGAAGCGCGUCGCAUGGGCUCUUGUUGUUCAUGACGGCUUCUAUACCGACCAACGCGUCCUCAUGUAUCAACUCUAUUGGUCUACGCUGGGCAGCUCGAGCUAUAUUCGCCCUGUCUUUGUCGCCGUAGAUCAAGUGAGUGAUCCUUCAUGGGACUUCAUCGGCAUCGCCCAUGUGGGCUCUUGCAAAAAGUCCCUGGACGACAUCACCAGAAUCGUGCUAUCCGUCCAACCGCUGGGUCAUUACACUGCUCCCAAUCACACCAUCCCACCACCCACAGCCUGGGUGCUAGACGCGCUGCACGCGCUGUGGAGGGCGGGCGCCCUCACGCUGCCGUUCCUCGUUGAGAAUAUCUAUGACAAAGUCCACAAGGCUUCUGCUGCCCAUAUGAUAUAUCGGGAGCGGACCAUCUGGCCAACGCGCGUUCCCGUCCUUGACAUCUCGACCCUCUGA